AUAUAUUAAAAAUUAGUUCUAAAAAUACUGCUUACACAUACAAUUAAUACAGGGCAUCUUUGCACUUAGAGGAUUCUUGUUGGUGCCAGGUCUUAAAGUUUGUGUGCAUGUGAGUCUGUUUUGGAGACAAGUCUGGUGUAGCCCAGUUUGGCCUUGGGGUAUCCAGCUGAGGAUGACUUGAAGUUGUGAUUCCCCCUGCUUCCACCUCAAGAGUGCUAGGGUUAGUGGUGUGUAUCACUAUAUCCGUUGUUGGAGAUUUAUCUCAGGACCUUGUGUGUGUGCUGGUCUAGUGCUGAACCAACAGCUGCAUCCCCAGCUCUGCAGUCUGAUAUCUAUUUUAUACUUUACCUGAAUUCUAGCUAGCACAUUUCAGAUAUAAACAGGUCAUAAUUACCACUGUCCUGGACAGCGUAGCUGUAGGGCUUUGGAGAAUAGUUGUGUUUUACUGACCGCACUACUGCCUAUUGCACCAUUUUUUAACAACAUUAUGGAUCCAAGCCUGUUGAGAGACAGAGAGCUGUUCAAAAAACGAGCUCUUUCCACCCCUGUGGUAGAAAAGCGUGCUGUGCCUUCUGAGUUGUCCUCGGCCUCAUCCAAGAAGAAGAAAGCAAAAGUUGAACAUGGAGGAUCAUCAGGCUCUAAACAAAAUGCAGAUCAUAGCAAUGGAUCAUUUAACUUGAAAGCACUAUCUGGAAGCUCUGGAUACAAGUUUGGUGUUCUUGCUAAGAUUGUGAAUUACAUGAAAACACGGCAUCAACGAGGAGAUACACAUCCUUUAACUUUGGAAGAGAUUUUGGAUGAGACACAGCACUUAGAUAUUGGACUCAAGCAAAAACAAUGGCUAAUGACUGAGGCUUUAGUCAACAAUCCCAAGAUUGAAGUCAUAGAUGGGAAAUACGCCUUCAAACCAAAAUACAACCUGAAAGAUAAGAAGGCCUUGCUCAGACUUCUGGAUAACCACGACCAGCGAGGGCUCGGAGGGAUCCUGCUAGAGGACAUAGAAGAAGGACUCCCUAAUUCCCAGAAGGCAGUCAAGGCUUUAGGGGACCAGAUACUGUUUGUAAAUCGUCCUGAUAAGAAGAAAAUACUUUUCUUCAAUGAUAAAAGCUGUCAGUUUUCUGUGGAUGAAGAAUUCCAGAAACUAUGGAGGAGCGUCACUGUGGAUUCAAUGGAUGAGGAGAAAAUUGAAGAGUAUCUCAAGCGACAGGGUAUUUCUUCCAUGCAAGAAUCUGGACCAAAGAAAGUGGCCUCUAUUCAGAGAAGGAAAAAACCUGCUUCACAGAAGAAGCGACGGUUUAAGACGCACAAUGAACACUUGGCUGGAGUGCUGAAGGAUUACUCGGACAUUACCCCUGGGAAAUAGGCAGCAUUUUAAUCCUCAAACAAGGUUGCAGACAUCGUUAAGGGUUUCCUCACGCUUGGGAUCUGAAGACUCUGCCUUCUCACCUGCUCCUCAGGACUGAAGAGAGGAGCAGUUCAGUUUACAGAACAGGAGAGCAUUACCAAACCCAGCUUUGUCACCCAGCAGGCUAGUGGGAAACGGUUCCUGUUAACUCCUGGGGUUGGUUUUUUCUAGAAAGACACUUAGCUUGGCAUGCAGGUGUCUUUGUUUAUCUUGAUUUCUAGAUGGUUCUUGAUUCCUGUUUUCUCUAUUGCUUUAGAACAGGUUGGCAGAUAGUGCUGGAUGCAAUAUUUCUUUAUUCCAAGAGAAAAUAUUUAUAAUAAAAUCAUUUGUAGGAGGAUCUUUAAGAAGUUAGGAAAUUCAGUUUGUUUCUCUUAAUUCUUAAAAAUAGCAGGGAACAGUGGCAGUCACUGAUUGCUGGAACAAGUAUUUGGGACGUCACAAAGACUGGAGUCAGUACUGUUGGCAAGUGUGUGGGUUUCAUCUUUGGAACACAGGGUAUGACUGGUUAAUAAGCUAAGCAAUAAAAUUACACUAAAUGUAA